AUGAUCAAAAAGAGACAACCAAAGAAUGUGAACCUUCGAUUGAAGGAUUCCUCUGGGCAGCUCCAGUCAACAACGACUACGACUGCUUUAUCAUCGGAAACAAUACCUCACUCGGAGAAUGAACAACACCAUCAUCAGGGUACGACAAGUGAAGAGGGUGGAAAUAAUUUAAUGAGUACAAAUGAUGACCAUCAAAGCCAAUUAUCAUCACAACCACCAAAGCAACAAGAAGAAUCAACAUCGACUCCUUCAUUUGAAAGCUCCUCCGCCCAUGAGAGUAGCAGUGGAGCGGAUCACCAAAUGACACAUAGUGCCGAUGAGGAAGACGAUGACAUUAAUUCAACUCUCGAAAAAACAAAAUUAAAACAAAAACUGAGAAGCAGACCGAAAGGAAUGCAAGCAAAUUUAAAAACUGGAGAUUUAUUUAAUUUGGACAAAAUUAAAAAUACCAGUGUUAAACGAAAGAAAGAACAGUUAAAUAUUUUGCAAGGUGGUACACAGGGUGGACUCGUUGACAGAAGCAAGGGAGAUUGGAUUGCCAUGAAACUCGCAAAUAUGGAAAAGAAAGAAUCAUCGAGCACCAUGUCACAGCUCGGAAUGGAUUUGAACUUUACAGAUGCAGAAUUAUCAGAACAAGAUAAACGAUUAUUUGAAUAUAUUAGAGAAAAGAUGAAAGAAAAGGGUUACUCCUAUGAUCAAAAUGUAAAUAUUGACGAUAGUGACGAUGAAGAGGAAAAUCAACAGGCAACUGCUUCUUCGAGUCAUACACCUGAAAAUGAUGCCAAGAAAAAAUCAGAUAUCAGUGUCAAGGAAAUUCUCGAGAAAGAGAAGGAAUUGUAUAAAUUGCCUGAGGAGUUAAAGGUUGAUAAAAUAGAAAUUGAAAAUUUGAUGAAACGAAGAGGAAGACGUCGAAAUGAGCAAACGAACCAACCCACCAAGCCACUCUCUGAAGAGGAAAGACAAAAACUGUUGAGUGGUGCAAUUCUUGAAGUACCACUUUCAGCGGCAGAUAAGAUUCAAAACAUUAGGGAGACCAAUGAACGAGUCAAAGAGCUGGAAGAAAGUGGAUUGAAACGAAAAUAUACCUAUAAUACUGCCUCAGAUGAAUAUGUCUAUACACAAUUUAAAAAGAAGUUCGCACAUCGAAGAUAA